AGGAUGGGAAGAGGAGGAGGGAAGGAGGGUCUUUCUACGAGAUCUGGCUCCGUUGUAUGCGAGCUCCACCGUCCCAGACUGAGAUUAGCUCUACGCCCCCACAGCAAUCUCGGGCGGGGGAAGAGGGGUCUAAUGGGCCGUAGAGGGCGGGUGUGAGGCGGAGGAGCGGCUGAGCAGACGAGAUGAUGGAUCUAGGUCAGUGGGACAGCUGCUCAGACAAGACAAAAAGAGCGAUAAAGGGCUGGUUCAAUGUCAAUUCGUCUGACCGACCGUGACUCUGUCAGGCCCACUGGGGUCCUCGGCAACGGGGUCCAGGCCUGUUGGAGGACGUUGGGGGGGGGUAAGGGGAGACACCCAGAUGGGCUCUAUGUGGUCCGUGUGUCGAAUUCGCAAGGUUUAGGUCCGCGCUGCCCUUUGCGCCUGUUGACGUGUGCAAGUCUGCACCUGUGCCUCCAAUUGGCUCCGCCUCGCUUGCGGCCCUGUCCCCGGGCACUUGAGCAGCAAAAGGGCCGACCCACCUUUGCCCCGGUAUGGAGGGCGGCCCCCACCUGGCCCAGGGCGGCCCCCACCUCCUCGGGCACCCCUCCUACGCGCUUUCACCAAAUCUCAGACACGCCGCUUCUCCACCGUCUCUGCACCGCUGUACGCCGGGGGGUCCUCGCUUGGAUCGGCUGUCGCGCAGACAUCGCCUCUUACGCACAUGGGCAGCCUAACCCAUCGAAGACGCGAGCAUCGCUUGUGACCGUUUGCUGGCGAGCAAGAAUAGGCUAAGGAAGACGUCAGAAGUGCCCGGAGCGAGACAACGACGCGAAUCUCUGUUUCGGUCUACCGCCAUCGGGCGGCGCGAGUACUCGCUUUUGCCUCCGUCGUCCCUGAAGGCGCACGCUACUUGCCCUCGAAAAGAUACCGGGACCUCGACGUUGAGACUCCGCGCGUCUCCGCCUCGCGGCCACCUG